AUUUGUGUUCUGAUACUCUUUCAUCUCGUUAUAAAUACCUCAGGGUUUCUUGGGCAUUUUCCAGUGAGCCUUGAAUCUGAACUACCUCACCUCUGCAAUCCACACACAUACACUACUGAAAAAAAAAGAAAUGGCUCUUCCUACAUUUGCAUUCCCUGGCACUUCCAAUUCCGCUUAUCCCCAAAACCAUGCUGCAGCUUUCUGCUCUUACUGGCUCCAUGGAUCAGAUUUGCAGUUUCACCUCCAUUUUAAACCCACCCAGGUGAAGAAGAGAUCAAGUGGGAUUCAGGCAGUAGUGAAAGAGAAAGGGUUGUAUUACUCACAGAGGCCACCAACUCCACUUUUGGACACCAUUAACUAUCCAAUUCACAUGAAAAAUCUGCCGGUGAAGGAACUGGAGCAACUUGCUGAUGAGCUACGGUCUGAUACGAUAUUUAAUGUUUCAAAGACGGGGGGACAUCUUGGGUCCAACCUGGGUGUUGUGGAGCUCACAGUAGCACUUCAUUAUGUGUUCAACACACCGCAGGAUAAGAUUCUGUGGGAUGUGGGUCAUCAGUCCUACCCUCAUAAAGUUUUGACGGGUAGAAGGGAGAAGAUGUCGACGCUGAGACAGACAAAUGGGCUUUCUGGAUUUACCAAGCGUUCAGAGAGUGACCAUGAUUGCUUUGGUACCGGCCACAGUUCAACCACUAUCUCAGCUGGAUUAGGAAUGGCUGUGGGGAGGGAUCUAAAGGGAAGAAACAACAAUGUUGUGGCAGUUAUAGGUGAUGGUGCCAUGACAGCUGGUCAAGCAUAUGAAGCCAUGAAUAAUGCUGGCUAUCUGGAUUCUAAUAUGAUUAUCAUCCUAAAUGACAACAAGCAAGUAUCCUUACCAACUGCUACUCUAGAUGGGCCUACUGCUCCUGUUGGAGCUUUAAGUAGUGCUUUGAGCAGAUUACAGUCCACCAGGCCUUUAAGAGAACUAAGAGAAGUUGCUAAGGGAGUUACGAAGCAAAUUGGUGGAUCUAUGCAUAAGCUUGCAGCAAAAGUUGAUGAGUACGCUCGCGGGUUGAUUAGUUCGUCUGGAUCAACACUAUUUGAAGAACUUGGACUUUAUUAUAUUGGUCCUGUGGAUGGCCAUAACAUUGAUGAUCUUACUUUUAUUCUAAAAGAAGUAAAGAGCUCGCGCAUUAAUGGUCCAGUUUUGAUCCAUGUUGUAACUGAGAAAGGCAGGGGAUAUCCAUAUGCUGAAGAGGCUGCAGACAAAUACCAUGGAGUUGCGAAGUUUGAGCCUGCAACUGGAAAACAAUUGAAAGCUGCAAGUGGGAAAACACAGGCUUAUACAACAUACUUUGCAAAAGCUUUGGUUGCAGAAGCAGAAGCAGAUAAAGACAUUGUGGCGAUCCAUGCUGCCAUGGGAGGUGGAACAGGCUUGAACCUUUUCCAGCACCACUUCCCAACGCGAUGCUUUGAUGUUGGAAUAGCAGAGCAGCAUGCAGUAACUUUUGCUGCUGGAUUGGCUUGUGAAGGCCUUAAACCUUUUUGUGCAAUUUAUUCAUCUUUCAUGCAGAGGGCGUACGACCAGGUAGUGCAUGAUGUGGAUUUGCAGAAGCUGCCAGUGAGGUUUGCACUGGACAGGGCUGGACUAGUUGGAGCAGAUGGGCCUACACAUUGUGGUUCCUUUGAUGUAACUUUUAUGGCAUGCCUUCCAAACAUGGUUGUCAUGGCUCCUUCUGAUGAGGCUGAGCUUUUGCAUAUGGUUGCCACUGCUGCUGCCAUUGAAGACAGGCCUAGCUGCUUCCGUUAUCCGAGAGGGAAUGGGGUGGGCGUAGACCUACCUCCUGGUAACAAAGGCACUCCCCUUGAGGUAGGUAAAGGCCGGAUAUUGAUUGAAGGCGAGAGAGUUGCUCUCUUGGGAUAUGGAACUGCGGUGCAGAGCUGUUUAUCUGCAGCCGCUUCAUUAGAAGCUCAGGGUUUGCGAGUAACAGUUGCAGAUGCCAGAUUUUGCAAGCCUUUGGACCACGCUCUCAUACGCAGUUUGGCAAACUCCCACCAAGUACUCAUCACAGUGGAAGAAGGAUCAGUUGGGGGUUUCGGAUCUCAUGUUGCUCACUUCAUGGCCUUAGAUGGCCUCCUUGAUGGAAAUUUAAAGUGGAGACCUAUUGUCCUUCCUGAUAGGUAUAUUGAGCAUGGAUCCCAAGAAUACCAAUUAACGCAAGCUGGUUUGACACCAUCUCAUAUUGCUGCCACAGUAUUCAACAUACUUGGACAAACAAGAAAAGCUCUAGAGGCCAUGGCUUAGCUGUGUAUAGUAAGUUGUAACUGCGUAUGUAAGACUGAAUAACUUGAGCAAUGUAAUGUAAAAUAUAAGGUAUAUACAUAUAUAGUAGUGUUAGUUGGACAAACCUAGCAUUAGCAUCAUAUCUCCCCAAAAGAAGCCAGAAACUGGCCUGAUUUUGUUUCCAUAAGCUAAGCUACUGUUGACAUGCAUGCAUGGAAGGAUGGACCUUCAAUUUAGAGGAGAAAGAGGAAGCUCAGUGGUGGUGUACUGGUGUGCUGUAAAAUUGUAUUUGUAAUAUAUAUAUUAAUCGGAUUGCAUAUAAAUUGGGCUGCAAAUCUAGCUAGAUAGGCUGUAUUUUAGCAUGUACUACAAGUACUCACUACUAAAAGUAGUAUUGGCACAAGUCGAGUUUAGGUUCGACUCGAACAAAAUUUCGAGUACUGAAAGUUUUUCAGCAUAAUAUUCCUGAAAGUAAACUAUUCCAUUGUUUGUUUUCGCA